UUCUCUUUCUCAAAUGCUCAUCAUGGCAUCCACCGUUGCUAAAGUAAAACAUCGCGUCUAUUUGCAUUGCCAAAGCAAUCCUAUGAACCGUUAGGCAAACUGCUUUACCUCUUUCCAUGCGAAUUUGACUCUCCAAUGAUCUAACUUGAUCCUAACGAUUCGUAAUACUUGGACAUCCAAAACAGUCAUGUGAACAGCUCGAAGUUUAUUCAUUCAGAUCUGGAAAGUAAAUUUUAGUUCUGGCAGAUAAUGCCGAGAUCACGCAGAUCCCGUCUGGCCGCUGAGCACGUUCAGGAGCGUCGCCGGAGGAGGAGGCCCCUUUGCUCACGACGUUCAGCGACUGUCGCUGUGGGCAAGAGUCGUUUCACCAUGCUUAGGGAGCACGCCUUCACCAUGAUGCCACAGGGAAACAUACUGGGAAUGUAUCAAGCAAUGGUGGAAAAUAUUUUUAAAGAACGGGCACGAGACGAUGGCCGGAGGCGUGCAAUAGAAAGAAGUGAAAUUCACGAAACAGUUCAAAAUCAAGUGUCGGAACUUCGCCAAGAUUUUCACAGCCAGACGGAAAUUCGGGGGCUGGCCAACUGGGCUCUGCGCGAGCUGAAGAAGGAGGGUCGCCUCCAGCAGGUGGCGCCCGGUCGGUUUCGACUACCUCGACGACGUGUGCCGCCGGCCACCCGCGAAACCGACGAGCAGGGCGCCGAGACCGACGAGGCGGCUCAGGGGCGCCUGCAGGCCUGGCUGGAAAAGCGGGACAGACACCGCGCUCGGACCCGGAUGGAGGAGCGAUACCGGCGGCGGCAGCGCCGUCUCUCGCAGUCGCCCAGCCCCGUCCGUGUUUCAGACACCGCGCUCGGACCCGGAUGGAGGAGCGAUAACGGCGGCGGCAGCGCCGUCUCUCGCAGUCGUCCAGCUCCACACCGCGCUCGGACCCGGAUGGAGGAGCGAUACCGGCGGCGGCAGCGCCGUCUCUCGCAGUCGUCCAGCUCCGACGUCCUCUCGACGACGGCGUCCGAGCAGUCGAUCGGCGCAGCGACGUCCGAACAGUCGGUCUCGACGGAUCAGUGA